AUAUGCGAUUUUCAUUUUUUCACACAAAAAGGAAAGCGACAAAGACGAAAAUGGCUGAGAAUCCAUGGCAGCCUCUUCUCCAUACCUUCGAGAAACUAUCGAAUUGCGUCCAAACUCACCUCUCCAACUUCAUCGGCAUCAAAAACACUCCUCGUUCGUCACCCACAAUCCAAAACCCAACCUCCUUGGACUCUUCCCCACUAAUCACCAGAACCAACAAUUCUAAUCUUCAGAAACUUCCUCUCAAGGACAAGUCUAUAGGUCCUGUUACUAAAGAAGAUCUUGGGAGGGCUACUUGGACAUUUCUCCACACUCUUGCUGCGCAGUAUCCAGAAAAACCAACAAGGCAACAAAAAAAGGAUGUUAAAGAACUGAUGGCAAUACUUUCUCGAAUGUACCCUUGUAGAGAAUGUGCAGAUCACUUCAAAGAGAUCCUAAGAUCGAAUCCUCCACGAGCUGGAUCUCAGGAGGAGUUCUCGCAGUGGCUUUGCCAUGUACACAAUACCGUAAAUAGAAGUUUGGGGAAAUUGGUGUUCCCUUGCGAGAGAGUGGAUGCAAGAUGGGGCAAGUUAGAAUGCGAGCAGAAAAGUUGUGAUCUUCAUGGAACUUCUAUGGACUUCUAGACAUCAUUAUAUUUUUACAAAUUUACGACCGAUUUUAUUUACUAUUUUAUGGAAAGACAAUUCCAACAAAGUAAAAUUAGGUUGUAUUAAUUACAAAUAAUAAAUAAAUAAUAUAAAUGGUUGAACCAAAUUGA